AUGAACUUCGUCUCCGGCCUUCCAAUCCUUUUUGGCUGGGUUAUGGUAACCAGUGGCCCUCAAGCAGCUUUCACAUCUUGGACAGUCGUUAGCUGCAUUUCCUGCAUCUUGGCUGCGAACCUCGCAGAGAUUGCCGCUUCUUUGCCAACAUCGGGAGGAAUUUACUUCUGGACGUACUGGAUGGCGGGUCCGAAAUGGGGUCCUUUUCUGAGUUGGAAUACUGCCUGGUGGAACUGGUCCGCUUGGGUCUUAGCUGUGCCUGGAACGCAGCAAGGUGCUACGAAUUUCUUGCUGUCGGCAUUGCAGAUCAACUAUCCGGAUGCUACUGUCCUCCAUGAACGCUGGCUAUCCUUUGUGCUGGUUCUGGCAGGCCUCUGCUUUGCUGUUGUGCCGGUCACUGUCAGCCAGCGCUGGUUACAGAUUUACUUCCGCAUCACGAUAUUCAUCUUCUUCGUGCUUUUGUUCCUCUUCUGGACCUGGUUUCCGAUCGAAGCGCGCGGCAGAUUCCAAUCUGCAGAUUUUGUGUUUGGAAAGUUCCGGAACGGAGUUAAUCAAGGCGACUCACAUCAGGCUUCGGAUGCGUACUGCUGGGUUAUCAGUUUCCUCUUCGGCGCCUGGGAGUUUGGAGGCUAUGAUGCAUCUGCACAUCUGGCUGAAGAAACCAAAGAUGCCAGUAAGACCGUUGCCAGGGGAAUGGUUCUGUCCACCGUCAGCACCACGAUUCUUUCGAUACCUACGCUUGUCUUGAUCCUGUUCUGCAUUCAAGACUUCGACGCUCUGAUCUCUUCUCCCUACGCAAACAAUUGGGCAGAGUUCUUGGUGCAGGUUAUUGGCCGGCGAGGAGCUACCGCGAUCCUCAUCCUGAACUGGAUAGAUUGUACAUGCGCAACGACAGCAUCAAUGUUAUCCGCGCAACGCGUAACGUUUGCGCUAUCAAGGGACGGUAUUCUGCCAGGGUCCGCCAUCUUCAGAAAGGUCAAUCCUCGUACAUUGAUUCCCAUAAACGCCGCUCUGCUGGUUGUAACUAUCGCCACAGUGGUCAGCUUUGCUAUCUUGGGAUCAACAGUCGCAUUUAGCGCCAUCACUGCAACAACGGUGAUCUGCCAGAGCAUGAGUUAUCUUUUCGUGCUCGGAACGCGAUACAGCCUCGGACGAUCGACAUUCGCCCCGGCAUCGUGGAAUCUUGGUCGCUUCUCGGUACCAACAGGCUACUUGUCAAUGCUCUGGCUUUUAUUCUUGUGCUGCAUCCUUCUUCUCCCGCAGGUGUACCCUGUGACCUUGCAGACAUGGAACUAUUCGCCCUUGUGCCUAGCAAUCGUUACUGUAGCAUCGCUUGUCGGGUGGAUACUUCCUUGGGGUUGGGGAGGUAGACACUGGUUCAAAGGUCCUCGUAGAUCGAUAUGAUGUCGAUUGAAAGUCCGCGCGAUCGGUUU